CUCUUUUCCCCUUCGAGACUUGCGCGCGUCUGCGGGAGGGAGCACGUGGCCAGCGCUCCAGCAUCUGCUGCUGUGGGAAGCUGUGACCUCAGUUUUCCCCCUCGCGCUCUUUUUGCAGAGUUUGAGAUAAACUACUGCGUGGCAGUCCUCCAAAGCGGCCACCAAACCUCCAAGCACACGCGUUCGCACAGUAAACACCCUCACACCAUUAUCCACGGGAUUACCUUGUUUUCUGUGACACCUGCUACCUUUUUUUGGGUGCGCGCACAGCUUUGACCCUGCCAAUGGGGCUUUGUGUCCGACAGCUGAGAGGCAUUUGGGAAGAAAAUAAAUAACUUCUGGUUGUUUCCAUUGGAAACAUCACGUCUCAAGCUCCACUGUGAAACAUGACCGACGCCAUGUUUGGCAGUGAGAAUGAGCAUUGGGUCUGUCCCAAUGACAGACAACUAGCGCUUAGAGCAAAGUUACAUACAGGCUGGUCCAUCCACACGUUUCAAUCAGAGAGACAGAGGAAAGCUCAGACACUUGAGAAAAGAGAGCUGGAUCUCAUCAUGAGUGUCAUCCACCGCGCUGAACAGCUCGAGAUCUUUGAGGAACACCGGAUUGGGCGUUUAGUGGAGCGUCUGGAGAACAUGAGGAGAUCUGCUGUGGGAAAUGGCCUGUCACAGUGCCUAUUGUGUGGUGAAGUGUUUGGUCUGCUGAGCUCUCCGUCCGUCCUCUGUUUGGAUUGCUGCAUGAAGGUGUGCACCAAAUGUGGAAUUGAGACUGCAGACAGUCAUAAAAGGGCUCAGUGGCUUUGCAAGAUCUGCAGCGAACGGAGAGAGGUGUGGAAACGUUCUGGAGCCUGGUUCUUCAAAGCAUUGCCGAAGCAUAUUCGCCCCAUUAAGGAUUCAAUUCUAGAUAACAGGAAGCCAGUAAUAGAAAGAGGAGAGCUACUGCCAGUGGCCAGGAGUGCACCAAUCACCUACACAUGGGCUCAAAGCAAAGUCUUUCAGAUGGACUAUGUUCUCCUGGUGUUGCAGGAUUGUAUUUUACUGAGCUUGAGGGUGGUCAGUCUCUUAGCCUUCGUUUAACUCAAGUGAAAGCGAUGGCAGUGAUGCCGAGCUCAGUGAAUGCAGCAGUGACAGGAAGACCUUCAUGUCUGAGACCGAUCAACGAAGAGAUUCUGAAUUAAGUGGAGGCCAAGUGCAA